GUGAUAUCAGUAUGGUUGCCUUGGUGAAUAAGACUCUACUUCCGCCCAUCAAAUAAACAAGGAGAUGGCGGAGGAGCAAGAGAAAACGGUCCCUCCAGAAUCUUCUGCCUUGAAAAAGUCACGUUUAAAGAAAGCUCCAGAGCUUCCUAUCCUGGAGAGGCGCAAUUGGCUUAUUCACUUGCACUACAUGAGGAAGGAUUAUGAGACCUGCAAGGCUGUGAUUAAGGAGCAGCUACAGGCAACAGAAGGAGUAUGUGAGUACGCUAUAUAUGUGCAAGCAUUAAUUCUGAGAUUGGAGGGGAAAAUCCAAGAGUCUCUUGAGCUGUUCCAGACUUGUGCAAUCCUGAAUCCCACCAGCCCUGAUAACCUCAAACAAGUUGCACGCUCUCUAUUCUUACUUGGAAAACAUAAAGCAGCCAUUGAGGUAUACAAUGAGGCAUCCAGACUCAACCAGAGGGACUGGGAAAUAUGUCAUAAUCUUGGCGUGUGUUACUUACAUCUGAAAGACCUUGCCAAGAGCAAGCAGCAGUUGUCUCUAGCGCUACAGCUGCACAGACAAGAUCUCAGCUCCAUGGUACUGGGCAAGGUUCAGCUCAUGGAGGGAGAUACAGAUGGUGCUAUCCAAACCUACCUACAGGCUCUACAAUUAUCACCUGAAAGCACGGAACUGUUAACAACAUUAGGACUUCUAUAUCUUCAGAAUGGAUUAUACCAAAAAGCUUUUGAAUAUCUAGGAAAUGCUCUUACUUAUGAUCCCAGUAAUUAUAAGGCUAUAUUGGCAGCCGGCUGUAUGAUGCAGUCUCAUGGUGAUUAUGACGUGGCCCUCAGCAAGUAUAGAGUUGCUGCCUCCACUGUCCCAGAAAGCUCUCCUCUGUGGAAUAAUAUUGGCAUGUGUUUCUUUGGCAAGAAGAAAUAUGUGGCGGCGAUAAGCUGUCUGAAGCGUGCACUCUACCUUUCCCCAUUUGACUGGCGUGUGCUUUAUAAUCUGGGUCUAGUUCAUCUUAGCAUGCAACAGUACGCCUCGGCUUUUCAUUUCCUGAGCGCAGCCAUAUCUCUUCAUCAUGGCAACGCAACUCUAUAUAUGCUGCUGGCAGUGGCUCUCACAUAUUUGGAUGAUAUAGAGAAUGCCAAGAGCUCCUAUCAGCAGGCAGCAAGUUUAGACCAGACAGACCCUUUGGUGAAUUUGAAUUUUGCUGUGCUGCUCUACAACCAAGGAGAUAAGAAGGGAGCAAUGAACCAGUAUCAAGAGCUAGAGCAUAAAGUCGGUGCGCUCAGGGAGACUUCUACAGAGUUUGACCCUGAGAUGGUAGAUAUGGCACAGAAGUUGGGGGCAGCUCUGCAGGUGGGAGAGAGUCUGGUUUGGACCAAGCAGACAAAAGACCAAAAAGGAAAGCAACGAGGGACAAGAGGUCCUGGGACAGAACAAACACCACUGGGGUCUAACCAGGCAUUGGGACGAGCAAUGUCAUCAGCUGCAGGAUAUAGUAAAGCCCCAGGCCUAACGACAGGAAACCCUACUCCUCCAGUCUCGAAACCUCCCUCUCUCCCACUGGAACCUGAAGAUACCACAAAUUCUGGUUCUGUUCCUGCAGACUAUAGGAGGGGGCCCAGCUAAAUUUCCCAAACCCUCACCAUGAAAAGAACACCAGCAGGACCUAUAGACAGAGACCCAGUAAGGCGUACAUUAAUAUGUGUAGAUAGAACGCCAGAGAUCUAGAAGGAGAAAUGUUCAGAAAGUGAUACUCGGCAUGAUGUGUAAGCUGACAUGGUGAUGUAUACAUCAUUCAAAUAGACUACAUAGCUGGAAUAGACUGUAACACUGAACAUCUAAGCUUUGUAUAGAGGCAGACCCUCAGGGAGACCCAUCUUUAGACUUAUACCUCACUGUGAUGGGUCUGAAAGACAUAUCGAUUUACAUAAAUAUUUGUAUAACUAUCACAGCAAGUGCAGUGUGCUGUGAGGAAUACUAGUACUGGAUUUAUCAUUAUUUAUAUUUUAAUUUCACACAGUAUAAGUAUUGUCAUUCUCUUCUCUAAUGCUGUUAUCUGCCUUCAAAGGUAGUUUUUUCUUCUAUUUGAUAAACAUUGGUUCUGUUUUCUUAUCCCCUUCUAAGAAUGGGAGACUGAUGCUUCCAGCUUACAUGUGUUUAAAUGACAGGUUAGCAAGGCACCAGAACAUGGUGCACAUUCUAGGCAGAAAUGAAUAAGUAUAACAGUUAAGAUCCUGUAUCUCCUGUGACCCUUUUGCCUGGAAUGACUAAAACAGGAAGCUUGAAAGAACAUGGCAGCCUGUCCUCACCACAGGGAAACUAUCGAUGUAGCACUUAUGUAGUAUAAUUGCUGAGCCGCAACAAAACAUCCUAAAUGCAUUAUUGUAACUAGGCCAUAUUUAUUCUUGCUAAUUACCUUUCAUAACGUGAUCUAGAUAUUCAUGUACCUUAUUUAGCAAAUUAUGUGAUUUGAAUAGCUCCAGCACCAGGCUCCUACCUACAACAGUGUCUGCAUGCUACAAUUCAAUAAAGGCAUUUUUU